AUGGCUGUGAUUCUUGCUUUGCCGCCUCAUUUGCUGCAAGGGCGGGACGGGCUCGGCGGCGGCGGCACCCACUGCUGGUCGGGUGUGAUGGUUGGGGCGAUCAGCGCGCCCGGCCGCGCCGCGGCGGGCGCAGCCGCAGCGGCGACGCCGCAUGCAGCGCCACCGGGCCCUGGGCCCGCGCCCGGCGGCGCCACGCCGGCGCGCGGCGCUGGCGGCGGCCCGAGCCCGUUCAGCGCGUACAGCGGCGCCGUGGGCGCCAGCGCGAGCGCCUUUUCGGCUUUCAGCUCUCUCGGCAGCUUCAGCCCCGGCGGCGCCGGCGCCGGCUGCCCCAGCGCCGCCCCCAGCCUCGUCAGCGUGCGCUCAUUUUCCGGCGGGACGAGCGUCGUCAGCAGCGCCCCCAGCGGCUGCCUGGCCAUCGCAGAUAGCUGCCUGAGCUCGGGCAGCGGCGGCGGCGCAUUCUGGGCGCUGCUGGAGGAGAUCGCCCCCCCUCAGCCCUGCGCGCCCGCCGCCGCGCCCGCGGCCCCCGCGGCCGCCGCGGCCGCCACCCCGGCGCCGGCCUCGGCACCGCCGCCCAAGCCCGACGUCGCGGCCGCGUGCCGCGCGUGCGGCGCGGGCGAGGGCGCCUGCGGGUGCGGCUGGGUCCUCCCGCGCCGCGGCGGGCUCGAGGUGCUGGCGGACUACGAGUUUGGCCAGACCCUCGGCCGCGGGACGUUUGGCGUCACCCGCCUCGUCACCGAGCGCGCGACGGCGCGCGCGUGCGCGUGCAAGACGGUCUGCAAGCAGCGGCUCCUCGGCCACCGCCAGUUUGUCGAAGACGUGCGAUCCGAGGUUGCGAUCUUGGAGCACCUCGCGGGCGUCCGAGGCGUGGUGCAGCUGCGCGGCGCGUACGAGGAUAGGCGCGCGGUCAACCUCGUGCUCGAGCUCUGUGCGGGCGGCGACCUGCUGGACCACAUCCUGCGCCGCGGCCGCCUGCCCGAGCGCGACGCGGCGGCCGCCGCGCGCGCGAUGCUGCUCGCGCUGCGCCGCUGCCACGAGCGCGGCGUGGCGCACCGUGACGUGAAGCCCGAGAACUUCCUGCUUGCGCGGGCCGGGGACGCGGCCAGCGUGAGGAUCAGCGACUUUGGGGCGUCGGCGUUCAUAAAGCCGGGGCAGCAGUUUGCGGAGAUUGUGGGGACGCCGUACUACAUGGCGCCGGAGGUCCUGCUGCGCUGCUACGAUCAGAGCGCCGACAUCUGGUCUGCUGGCGUGGUGCUCCACCUGAUGCUGACCGGCCAGCUGCCAUUCACCGGCCCCUCGGACCGCGCCGUCUGCGCUGCUGUCCUUCGCGCCGACGCGCCCGCCGCCGACGGCCCCGCGUGGGCGGGCGUGUCGGGCGCCGCGCGGGACGUGGUGCGCGCAAUGCUCGUGCGCGACCCGCGGCGGCGCGCGGCAGCAGGGGAGCUGCUGGCACACCCCUGGCUGUUGCAGGAGGAGGUUGUUGCGGCAGUCGAGGCGGCGCAGGCGCCGGACGCGGCCGAGCGCCCCCUGCCAGCUCCCAAGGCGCCCGCCGCCGCCUCCGUGGUCGCAGAGGCGUGA